AUGGAAGCGCUUUGGAAGCACAUCGUGGCGACCUACAACCCGCACGUCAUCGACAUCGUGGGCGGCCAGCUGGUCCAGCUCGUCUUCUGGUGGCUGCCGUCGCUCCUCUACAUCUCGCUCGACGCGCUCGCGCCGUCCUUCUCCGCCACGCACAAGAUCCAGCCGGCGCCGAAGCAACCAACUCGGGCCGAUAUCGCGCACGCCGCCGGCAUCGCACUCCGGAACCAAGCCAUCGUCCUGGCUCUCCAAGUCGCCGCCGCCGCCGCAGCCACCCACUCCGGCCAACCCCCCGUCUUCCGCGUGACCGCCGAGCUGCCGUCGCUGGGGGAAGUCGCGCGGGACCUCGUGGCGGCGGCGCUCGCGCGCGAGGCGCUCUUCUACUACGCGCACCGGCUGCUGCACUGGCGGCCGCUGUACCGGCGCGUGCACAAGACGCACCACCGGUUCACGGCCCCCGUCGCGCUGGCAUCGCAGUACGCGCACCCGCUGGAGCACGUCGUCGCCAACGCGCUGCCGAUCGCGCUGCCGCCGGCGCUGCUGCGCGCGCACGUCCUGACGCUCUGGGUGUUUGUGGCCUUGCAGCUGGUCGAGACGGCGACGGUGCACAGCGGCUACGACUUCUUCGGCGGCCUGGCGCGGAAGCACGAUAGGCAUCACGAGCGGUUCGACGUGUACUUUGGUGGCAUCGGGUUGCUGGACUGGCUUCACGGGACGGACGAGGCGGAUCGGGCGGAUAAGGCGAAAAAGAAGAAGAAGCAGUAG